UAUCAAAUAUUCAUAAAAUUGAAAUCUUGAGAUUUUCAUAAAGGGCAGUCCCGAGAGCGUCGUCUCAAUCAGACUCAGAUACUUCACUGCUUGAUCCUUCAAAAAUCACAGAGCUUCUAUUCAAAUUCUCACAUGGGAUGAUUGGAAUUUCAAAGCCUUUUACCGAAGCAUAAUUCACUCGAAUUCUUCUGUGAUGUGGGCGCUUCGGACUCCCCAAUCUACCCAAUACCCACCUUCGUCUCGCCGCCAUUGCUCCGCUCAUUCCACUUCAAAACCCUCCGUCUGUUCCGUGUCCUUAAACCCUUCAACCGCCGCAAACUCAAAUAAGAACCAGUUGAUUCAAUCUCUGUGCAAACAGGGAAAUCUCAAACAAGCCCUUUUGCUCCUCUCCCAUGAAUCCAAUCCUACCCAACAAACGUGGGAGCUUCUAAUCCUCUCCGCCGCUCGCCGGAACUCUCUUUCCGAUGGCCUUGACGUCCAUCAGCACCUUGUCGAUGGGGGUUUUGACCAAGAUCCUUUCUUGGCCACCAAGCUUAUUAAUAUGUUUUCCGAAUUGGACUCUGUAGACUAUGCGCGCAAGGUGUUUGACAAAACGCGGAAGAGAACUAUAUACGUUUGGAAUGCGUUGUUUAGAGCUCUUGCGUUGGCGGGUCAUGGAAACGACGUAUUGGAAUUGUAUGCCCGGAUGAAUACGAUGGGACUUCCCUCUGAUAGGUUUACUUAUACUUAUUUGCUCAAAGCUUGUGUUGCUUCAGAGUGUUUGGUUUCAUUUCUCCAGAAGGGUAAGGAGAUUCAUGCGCAUAUUUUGAGACAUGGGUAUGAAGGUCAUGUUCAUGUAAUGACUACCCUGGUGGAUAUGUACGCAAGGUUUGGGUGUGUUUCUUAUGCCAGUGCAGUGUUUGAUGAAAUGCCUGUGAGAAAUGUGGUUUCUUGGAGUGCUAUGAUUGCAUGCUAUGCAAAGAAUGGGAAACCAUACGAAGCUUUGGAACUCUUUCGUGAGAUGAUGCUCAACACCCACGAUUCAGUGCCAAAUUCCGUGACGAUGGUCAGUGUACUCCAAGCUUGUGCUGCUCUUGCUGCUCUGGAGCAAGGGAAGCUUAUCCACGCUUACAUUCUUAGGAGGGGUCUUGAUUCAAUCUUGCCAGUUAUAAGUGCUCUUGUGACCAUGUAUGCAAGAUGUGGUAAGCUUGAGUUAAGCCAACUAGUUUUUGACCGUAUGCAUAAGAGAGAUGUUGUCUUAUGGAAUUCCUUGAUUUCGAGUUAUGGAGUACAUGGAUAUGGAAGAAAAGCAAUUGAAAUUUUUGAAGAGAUGAUUGAUCGUGGAGUCUCACCUAGUUACAUAUCUUUUGUAAGUGUUUUGGGUGCUUGCAGCCAUGCUGGGCUUGUUGAAGAGGGGAAGAAGUUGUUUGAAUCCAUGGUUAAGGAACAUGGUAUACAGCCUAGUGUAGAGCACUAUGCUUGUAUGGUUGAUCUUCUUGGGCGUGCUAACCGGUUGGAUGAAGCAGCCAAAAUUGUAGAAGAUCUGCGUAUUGAACCAGGGCCAAAAGUAUGGGGUUCUCUUCUUGGCGCCUGUAGGAUUCAUUGUCAUGUUGAGCUCGCCGAACGAGCAAGCAAAAGACUUUUCGAGCUUGAGCCUACGAAUGCCGGGAAUUAUGUACUUCUAGCUGAUAUUUAUGCAGAAGCUGAAAUGUGGGAUGAGGUAAAGCGAGUGAGAAAACUUCUUGAUUCUCGUGAAUUACAAAAGGUCCCUGGUAGAAGUUGGAUCGAAGUACGAAGGAAGAUCUAUUCAUUUACAUCUGUCGAUGAGUUUAACCCACAGGGAGAGCAGCUCCAUGCCCUGUUAGUCAAUUUGUCAAAUGAGAUGAAGCAAAGAGGAUAUACCCCACAAACUAAAGUGGUGCUAUAUGACCUUGACGAGGAAGAAAAGGAAAGGAUUGUGUUAGGUCAUAGCGAAAAGAUUGCAGUUGCUUUCGGACUCAUCAAUACAAGCAAGGGGGACACCAUAAGAAUAACUAAGAACUUGAGGCUAUGUGAAGAUUGCCAUUCUGUCACAAAGUUCAUUUCCAAGUUUGCCGAUCGAGAGAUUAUGGUUCGAGAUGUGAAUCGUUUCCACCAUUUCAAGGAUGGAGUUUGCUCUUGUGGAGAUUAUUGGUAGUAUAUAUGCAAAUCCUCGUCUUAUUCCUUUUCUUUUUCUAAUACAUUUAUGAUAAUAACAGGUGAUUCAACAGUUCUAUUGGGCAGCUACAUAGUUAAACACUUCCACACACCUUGAAACUUGAUUCUUUAGGCCUAUUAUUUUAUUGGAACGUCUUAUAAGAAAAUGCAAAAGACGAGGCAUCUAAGGAUGUCAAAUUGAAUAUUCUCUUUUGCCCUUAUAUGGGAGAGAUCAAA